CUCUUCUCCCACUCCCGUGACGUCAGGAGGAAGGACCCCCCCCUCCCUCGUUUAAAUGCAUCCGAAGGCUGGCGAGUGAUCCAGUGGGAGGGAGGACGAGAGACGGGCAUUGAAGACGCGGGGAGGGGAGAAAAAGGGCAGAGCCGUGAAAGACGACGCCGGGGCGGAGGGGGGCGGCUACUGCUGCUCGCCACAAGACAGCCGGAGCAUGUCAUCUGACCAAACCUCUCAGUCUGCGGUGCCACCCCUCCACUCCCCCAAGUCACCUGUGUGGCCCAUUUUCCCCUUUAACAGGGAGGGAAGUCGGAUCUGUGACAGAGGCUCCCAUCUUCUUCGGGACUUACCUAGUCCCCUUCCCACAAAAAGAACCAGGACAUACUCUGCGACAGCACGUGCCUCUGCUGGUCCUGUCUACAAGGGUGUAUGUAAGCAGUUCUCACGUUCCCAAGGCCAUGGUUUCAUCACCCCUGAAAAUGGCACAGAGGACAUAUUUGUGCAUGUGUCUGACAUUGAAGGAGAAUAUGUCCCAGUAGAAGGAGAUGAGGUCACAUACAAAAUUUGCCCCAUCCCGCCAAAGAAUCAGAAGUUCCAAGCUGUGGAAGUGGUGCUCACUCACUUAGCUCCGCACACAAAGCAUGAAACGUGGUCAGGCCAAAUGAUUGGCUCGUAAACUGCUUUUGGGGCUUAUGGGCCAAUUCCACCUGGAAGUGGGGUGGGAUGUUUGUGGUGGGUUGUGGAGCUGUUGGAGCAAUGAAAGAGGCCUGGCUGGCAAUUCUUGUUUGCAAUGUGACAUGUUUGGGAUUUAUGUAUUUUCUAAGAUUUACCUUAUUUGUUUGUAAAUGUGUUUUUCUUUUUUCAAGAUAGCAAGCAGGAAAUGGAAAAGUGCUUCUGAGUGGAUUCCCUCUUACAUGUUAUGAGCUCCUAAUCAUUCCUGACUGGAUAAAGGCAGAGCUCCUGGGUGGGUGGAUGGGCCUCCGGAAAGACAAAUAUGGCAGCGAUCCUGACCACAUUAAGAACAUAUUUUGGCUAUUAUCCUGGCUCUUUAGACAGCUUGUCUCUCAGUAUCUUCUCAGCUAGGGCUGAGUUCAGACCAUGUCCCUCCCUCAGCUCCUACUUGCAUUAAAGGCCCUUUGCAGCUAGAACAGGUUCUAAGUGACAUGAUAAAGAAUUGCCAAGUUUUUGAGGACAGUUCUACAUAGCUUCCAAAUAUUGAGGCUGUAGUGUCUUCCAGAGCCCUUUCUUUCCAAAAUGUGCCAUCUCCAGAUAUACUUGAAGUUGUUCGUAUUUUUUUUUCCAUGGCUCCUGCUUUGUGCAAAUAAAAGAACUACACUGGCCACAGCUCCUUCUGUCUGGAUCUCUUUCUAUCUGUACCCAAAUAUAUUGAGAUCCAUAGCUUAGCUGCUAGAGCUAAAUGGACUUUGGGUAGGAUUGCUACUCUGGUGAAAAUGCUCCUUUGUUCACUUAAUAUUUUAGGGAGCAGAUGCAUUUGAACAAGGCUGUGCAGAGAACUUAGCAGAGUGCAUCAAUCAAGGUGUAGAGUUUGUAUGAAAAUAAAUGCAGCCCUCCUCCCGUCACCCUGACCUAGUUGUAAUUUGUCAGGUUCUUCUGGAAAGGCAGAAAGGAAUUUCUAAUGUUGCUUUUGUUCCUCUUUAAUCAGGGGACUGAAAUCUGAAGACAGUCAUUGUGGUUCUGGAUUUAGGAGGUGCAGGACCAGAGACUGGGAAAAGUUUUGGAUUAUUGUUUUCAGAAACUCCUGGCUAGCAUCACCAUUGUUCAUGCCGGCUUUGGGGUAUCUGGGAGUUGUAGUCCAAAAAAGUAAACUUGCCAAGCUUUACUCUAGAUAAGAUCAUUAAACUGAUAUCACUGUUGCAAACGCUUCUUUGACUUGUCUGAUUCAUUAGUGUUUAUAUCCUCCAAUGAACAACCCAAGCUGGUUUGCAUUAGGAAUGCUGAGAAGUAAAUUCUUUGAAGUUACCUGGCAGUUUGGGUCCUUAGUCCUUCAGGAAAAUAUGUAGUCGUUCUUGUAAAAAUGGUGGCUGGACAGGUUUAUAUUAAAAGUAAGUCAUUUUGAAUGCCAUGAAAAAAUUAUGCAUUUUGUUGUUGCAGAGUUGGGAAACUUCACUUUUUUUUUAAUGUGAGUAGUGCCCUGCCAUAGUUGUUGCUGAGUCAUUGCUUAUAAGGAUAGAGAAGGGCCAGGAAAGAGAAUUCAGAUCUGAAGCCAUUCUACUUUUGGUUAACCAAUAAAAUACAAAUGACUCCACUAUAUGUGGCUAUUUAAGGAGAAACCUUUCUGAGGCUCCUCACCUUCAAGUGGACUUGAGAAUAAUUUUCUGCUUUAUUUUUUGAUGGCCUCACUUCUACCAGAUUCUGGCUUACACCUUUGUUAAGCUGUAUAUACAUGACUUCCACAAAGUACUGUUCUUUCUGCCCCAAAUUAGUGAAGUUAUUUUUUCUUAUUAAAGCAAAUACAACCCAACAGUGCACUCUGAACUUGCAUCAUUGUCUCAAACUGCAGCAAAACGUAAUCCAGACUGGUGAUAGAUGUGUACUUUCCACUGGUUGCAAAGAGAAGCUCAGGUGUGUUUCCUCAUUAACAGAGGGUGGCAGUGUCAGAAUUUUGGAUCUUCUCUCUUAAACCCAGACUGAGUUGUGUUGGCCAAAAUCCUGUUGGUAUUUAUGUACUGUUUGUGUAACAUGCUAUGGCUAGUUGCAGCUGAAAAGGUACUGGGGUACAUCUCAGUUAUGCACUUGAGUAUGUGACCCAGCAUGCAAGUGAGAUGCACCUUGGCAUUUUGGCAGUUAGUUGCAAAUAGCUGCAACAAGCUACACAAUCCUUACACAACAGCAGUAGGAUUCUGGCUGUUACCACAUUGACAUUGUAUUUCCAAAUAUAGGGAAACAUAAGCAUUUCCUAUGAAGGCCUUUAUCUCUUUUGAAAAUAAUGUCCUCCUCUAAAAAAGAAAGAUGGAGAACAGAAUAUAUUUUUGUUAGAAGAAUCCACUAUUGUAACACUGCAAGUAGAAUCGAGCCACAGGGAUACAUCUGUUUUAUGCACUUGGGCUGUGCCUGUUGGUUCUUAGCAGUAGAGGGCUGCUUGAAGAACAGUUGUUUGGUUUGCUGUACCUCCAGAGAUGUAGCCGUCAGUGUUGUCUGCAUGUGUUGUGUUUCUGAAUGUUGCAGAGGAUGUGUUUACUCUGGAUGGGUGUUUGGGCUGCUUCUCCACUCUUCUAUUAAUCUAACUCAAGCAUAUUGAUAAUUGGUUCCUGUCUGCCCAUCUCUCUAACCAAGGAGAGUAAUGUGAAAAAGAAAUGGAGGAAUGGUGUAUUGGUGUCAGGACUCAUGGGGACCUAAUGUCAUUAUGUUGAGUGCUUCCUGCAGUUACAUUUUGAUUCUGCCUAUUCUUCCCAAGCAUUUUACUGUUUUCCCCAGGAAAUACAGGGUCAUAUCUAAAAGCACAAAUGUGAUUUCUAAUAUUCUUCUAGAUGUUUUAAGGAGGAUAGUUUCCCAGGAUAAGGUGAGCAUGCUAGGAUUUUGCAUGAUGAUUUCAAGCAAUCUAAAAUUAAGUUGAUUGGCAAGUCUUGUGCAUCUUGGGCAAUGCCCUGUCUGGGAUUAUUUCACCUUCUCCACUUUUGAUGCACUAGAAAUGAGUGCUCUUGUUCCAGGAGCUAGGAGGGGCCCUUCAGUGGAAGUUGUGAGAGGCUGACAUAGCACAGUUACCUCUUGGAUGAGUUCUAGGAGCUUGUAGGGGGAAGAACUUAGAAUGUGUUGGCACUGGGAAAAUAAGACUACUAUUUGAAGGAGUGGUUUUUGUACUUGAGGAAUAUCUCCAGAAACUUUCAUAAGAUAGUAUAUGCAUAUAUGUAUAUAAUGCACAUGUGACAUCCAUAGUUCAUAUCCUUAAGGCUUCAAACUUAUCUGAACAUCUGCACCAAGACUGAGCAACUUCAACAGGGCUUGCAGCCAAUUUCCCCAGAGGGAGGGUUUCAUACUUGCCAGCAUGUACUAUUAAGAUACAGAGGGCCCUUCGGGUUUAAAAAAUCCCCAUAUUUUUGCUCAAAAGCAAAGUUGUUUAAACAAAAGCAGUUGUUUAAACAUAGUUGCACCAUAAAUUUCCUUGGGAAUGCCAGUGUCAGCUGCAAAAGCAGGCAGUGGUUUGCCACAUGUUACUUGUGUCUUGCCCAACGCUGCUUUGCAUACAUGCAUUGAGGUGUAGGGUGUGAUAGAGAAGACAGCUUUGUAUAAUGCCUGAUAAAUGCCUGAUAUUCUGUCACAAUGUCGUCAUACUUAGUUGUGCCAGGGCCAUUUCCCAUGCUUCCACUUUAGCAUUAAAGUGCCACUUAUAGAAUCAUGGAGAAAUCCAAUGCAGAGGUGUCCUGAGAGGGCAACCGUUGCUUUUAUUUCUGCUUAAUCCUCCUGUUUAUACAGUAGUUGGAAAAGGCUACUUUUUAAAACAAAAACUCCCAGAAUCCCUGGUCCGAACUGCCAAAGGCAAUACUGGCUAGAGAAUUCUGGGAGCUGUAAUAAAAAGGCACCUCUUCCAAGUUCUGCUCCUGCUAGAGAGCUGAGAGGAUCCCUUCCGUGGUGUAAGAGAGUCCAGAAAAAACAGGUACAUGGACUAAAUUGAUACCUUAUUGCCAUGAACACAAAUACUGGUGACCUGCCAGCAGCAUUACAGGAAAGGGCUGCCAAGUACAUCAUAGGAAAGAUCUUGUUUUUCUCUUGUUCCUCCCAUGAUCCAGGCUGGUGAAGAUGAUCUGUGCUGCUUUGGAUUAAAAUGCUAACAUUUACUAUUAUCUGCCUUGGGACCAAACUGUACUUUGGGACCACAGAGGAACCUCUGGAGGGAAAAAUAAAGGCAGUCAGGUUUUAAAGGAUGUAGUAAUUGUUACUGUGCAUAAAUACAGGAGGAGGUUUUCCAGGCUGCCCUCUAGAUCUAAAGGAUGAGCAAAUAGUGUAUUGGAAGGAAGCCAUUGUCCCCUGUCCUCAGGGUGAUCUAGUCCCCUUUGUGUGACCUGCUUCCUGUGACGACCAGAAUGACUUCCUGCUCACAUCAAACACCAGCAUCUCCUAGCCUCCAUCCCUCUCCUCGAAGGUGCAAUACCAGUGGAAGUGCCACAAAACUGUGUCUUCUGUCUGGGAAAGCUUUGAUCCUUAUUGAAAUAGCCUUGUUACCUAUAGUGUUUGUGUUUUUACAACUCUUUGUGUGUUCCUUGCCUGUCUGACACCCGUUGACCUUUGUAACAUUGGCAAUAAAACACUGAAGUGAUUUUC